AUGAAUGUCAUAAAAGACUUUGAAGAUGAUGCGGGAAAUCAAAUCAUGGAGGAGCACCUUCUCAAAACGGAAGAGCUACCAGAAUCUCUUCUUUGGACAGUAUCGGAUAUGGAAAUUGAAAGAACCAGCAAUCUUACCGCCUCCGGGGCCGGAGGCAUUGGCAACGGCUCGUCAGAGCGUGACCGAUAUGUGUUAUUUCCGACGAGAGUGCAAGUCCGAGGAGGGCAGAUGAACCAAGAAGAUGUGGCUGCCCUGAAAUAUCCAGAGCGUCACUUUUUUACUUUACCGAUCCCUCAAGUCUCAAGAGAAAGGACAAUCUAUACGGUUGCAGACGACAAGGGCUUUCUUUUGGUGGGCUCUGUGGAUCCAGUUGAUCCCGGUGUCAAACAGGACAGAUGCAAGGGUCAAUUUUUCAUCUGCAGUGCUAUCACCCACCAAUGGUUUAGCCUCCCUGUCUCCCCUCCUAAACCCUUUGUCGUAGAAAGUGUGGGUUUUGUGACCCAAUUGGAUGAAUCUGGAAGAUCUCUGUCUAGUUACAGAGUCGCUAUGAUCGAGUCUACGGUUGAAAAUAUCGUUGGCACUUUCGUUCCGGAUUACGUUGAUAUCCAGGUUUUUUCUUCAGAAACAGGGGAAUGGGCGUCCGUUCGAUUGCAAGUCGGACGUCCAUAUAUGUUUUAUCGUUGGCAUAGAUCUGUUGUUCUGAACAAUACUGUUUAUUGGACCGACCCCAUUAAUGGAGGAAUCUUGGCUUAUGAUCCUUACUCGAACCAUCAUCGUGUAAUUGAACCUCCAAGCCGCGGGUACUCAACAAGGGGGCUUGUUGGAGACUAUUCCACUUGUGGUGUUUAUCAAGGACGACUCAAGUAUUUCGAAAAGUUGAAAAGCAUGUUUAAUGGAAGUUGGAAAGUUUUAAAGAUUUGGGAACUCCAAGAGGACAACCACUGGAUAAAUCUUAGUACUUCUUCAUUUCUAUCAUUCGACCAACGGGAUCCAGAUGUCUUGUAUUUGAAUAUGUCGUUGGAGCCAGGAGUGGUAUCGUACAACGUACGAACUCAGAGUACGGAACUACUUGAUCCGUCCUCGUCCAUCCACCGCAAUUUGGCUCUUGUGGGCGAUUAUAAGUGGUUUCUGCUCAAGCUUCCAGCUUCGCCUAUUUUGAUAUCACCACAUCUUAUGUCUAAGAGAGCUGAAGCUGACGAAGGAAUGAUGAUCGGCACUAAUCCGGAGAUUCAUCCAUGA